UGAGGAUAUUGACGAAGCAAUGCUGAAAUGGUUACUCGUUGCACGUGGUAAGAAUCUCCCUUUAUGUGGACCAUUAUUGAAGCAAAAGGCCAAAGAUUUUGCGGAAGCACUAGGACACCACGAAUUUGAGGCAAGUAUAGGUUGGUUAGACAAGUUCAAAAGUCGGCAUGGCGUUAUUCAAAAGACAUUAUGUGGGGAAAGUGCUGACGCCAACAUAGAAAACCGUGAUGAAUGGGUAACGAACGUCUUACCGAAAUUAAUUGAAAAUUACAACAUUAACGACAUUUUUAAUGCCGACGAGACUGCUUUGUUUUUCAAAUGCUUGCCAACUAAAACACUGGCAUUCAAAAAUUAAAAAUGCUUUGGUGGGAAGCAAAGCAAGGAGAGAAUAACUGUCCUGGUGGGAAGCAAUAUGACUGGAUCAGAAAAGCUAAAAUUGCUGGUAAUCGGAAAGGCCAAAAAUCCGAGGUGCUUCAAGGGAAUAAAAUCUUUAGGUGUCGAUUAUGAGUUUAACAAAAAAGCAUGGAUGACCAGUGAGAUUUUUACGAAAUGGAUUGUAAAACUCGACAAAAAAUUUUGUGAUCAAAACAGAAAGGUGUUGUUUUUUGUUGAUAACUGCACUGCCCACCCUAAAGAUGUAAGAGACAAGUUGAGAAACAUUCAUCUCGCUUAUUUUCCUCCCAACAUGACUUCGUUACUUCAACCAAUGGACCAAGGCAUUCUCUACAAUAUGAAACAACAUUACAGAAAACGAAUUUUAACGAAUAUAUUGACUCAAGUGGAUGAGGGAAAUUCUGUUAUGGCCAUAGACUUGCUGCAAGCAGUUCGAAAUCUUAGCAAUGUAUGGAAUGUCUAUGUUAAACCAGAAACAAUUGCCAACUGUUUUAAAAAGGCUGGAUUUUCAAAAGAUGCUAUGCAGAUUCCAUUUGAGCAUUGGGCUGAAGAGGACCUUCUUUCAAUAUCAGAUUUGGCUGCUUUACAGUCUUCAUUUAAAAAAGUAGCAAAUAUCGAAGCAUCGUUUGAUGACUACGUAAAUGUUGAUAAUGGUGUGCAGACUUCGGACAACCCAUCCGAAGAAGAUAUUCUCAACAGCAUUUUUGAAAGUCGCGGAGUUCCAGCUGAACCUGAUAACGAUGAACACGAUUUGACCGUUGAAAAAUUGGCAGAAACUGAGGAGGCAUUACCUACGUUGAUACAAGCUGCUUCAUCCAUUAGCGUAAUUAGAACCUUUGUGGAAAUGAGGAGUGACGUGCCGAUUAAUGUUUUCAACUCUCUACAUGAUUUGGAAGCUUUUAUUGAAAAUGAAAAAUGGAAGGCUGUAAUUCAAACAAAACUCACUGAUUAUUUUAAAUAA